GUAAUCGAAGUGCCCUACACGAACAACACGCCCGAGCCGGCCGUCUCGACGCGAAUGCUGAGCGCUGCCAGUUUGGACAGCGGCGCCGGAUCGUUUGGAGCUAGCACCUCCAAUCAACCGACGCUGCCCGUCAAUUGGCGCAAGGGGAGAUCGCUGGGUCGUGGAGCUUACGGCGAGGUAUUUGUCGCCUACGACAUGGACACGUCGCGUGAAAUCUGCCUGAAGCACAUCCUCAUCUCCUCCGAUGAGACGUCGCGGCGGGACCUCAGCUCGUUCGAGACGGACGUCAUUCGAUUGGCGCAGAUACAACAUCCUCGCCUGGUCCGCUACCUCGGUGUCUCCACGAUGCCCACCGACGUGCUGAUUUUUAUGGAAUUCAUGACCGGCGGUUCCGUCAAGGACCUGAUCAACCAGUUCGGGAAUCUCAGCGAGAAGGUGGCCGAGAAGUACGCGCGUCAAGUGCUCGAAGGGCUCAUCUUUUUGCACGAGGAAAUGAUUGCGCAUCGCGACAUUAAGAGCGCUAACCUGAUGCGCGACAUCAACGGCAGCGUGAAGAUUGGGGAUUUCGGCUCGGCCAAGCAGCUACAGGCUCUAGCCACUCAACGCGGCUCCUGCGGCGGCACCCCGCACUAUUUGGCCCCGGAAGUGGUCCUCGGCGAGAAAGAUGCUGGCCGUCGCGCGGAUAUCUGGAGCCUCGGAGUGACGCUCGUCGAGAUGGUGACCGGAAGUGUGCCGUAUCGGAAGCUCCCCGACAUGGAAGCCACGCUAAAAAUUGCCUUCGAAGAGCCACAGUCGGAAUUGCCGGAAAAGAUUAAUUCCACGCUGCGGACGCUGGCGAGACUGUUGAUGACGAAAAACUACGACGACCGGCCGACGGCUCGCCAAAUCUGGGAAUCGACCGUCUGGACGGUGCCGGAU